GUCCAGUGUGUUAGGGAGUGGUGAGUUCUUGUACUUUUUGUGAUUUCCUAUAUUUCUGGUUUUUGACUUUGGAUUUGUGCUGUGGACUUCCUCGCCUUGGACUGUCUUGGUCUUUCAGGUCUGUUGACAAAAAUGGGGAUUGUCUUUCUUCUUUACCUUUUAAUUUCAGUGGAACUCAUCUCAGCUUCAAUUUGCCCGGAGGAAGGAGACCUCAUUAGAGUGAAACGGAUGCUGUUUUCGCACUGGGCCGUGUAUGCCGGCAAUGGUUCUGUUAUUCACAUAACUGGAAGUCUUGAAGAGCUGUCAGAAAGAUAUCUGCAGUCGCUGUCACCAAAGGAUGUUCCAAGUGAGCAAGGAUUUCAUGAGUUCCUGUCACUGAUCAGGAGAAACAGCACAGCAGAAGACAUUGAGGCCCAACUAAAAGCUUACAUAAAGAAAGAAAAGUUUGAAAAGAUGCUCGCUGCAGAUACUUUUGCAGUUGCCAACAGUCAGUAUGAUAACCGAAAGUUACUGGGCUUCAAUUUCAAACCUUUAAGAAAAAGUAAAAUUUUGGAACGCCUCAAUCGGUUUCUUGGCAAGAUCUACCCGUACUCGUUAUUCUAUCUGAACUGUGAGCAUUUUAGCACAUUUGCUCGCUAUGGCACUGCAAUCUCUGACCAGGUGAGUAUUGAAAGUCUGCUGAACUGA